AUGCACAAUGUUUUUUCCAUGAAAGAAUUAGGGGAUAUUUCCUAUUUCUUAGGUAUUUCUGUUCAGUCCACUGCUCAAGGCUUCUUUCUCUCCCAGCUGAAAUAUACCUUGGAGCUUCUUCUUAAAGCUGGCAUGACUACCUGUAAGCCAUGUGCUACACCUACAUCAGCUAAACCGUCUCUUACUGCUGCUGAUUCUCUCCCAUUCUCCCAACCUUUUCUCUAUCGCAGCCUUGUGGGUGCCCUUCAGUAUCUUACUAUCACUCGUCCUGAGCUCUCUUAUGCUGUCAACCAAGCCUGCCAACAUAUGCAUGCCCCUACUGUGGCCCAUUUCUCUGCUGUGAAACGUAUCUUACGAUACAUUAAAGGCUCCAUUUCUCAUGGUCUUCUCUUUGCUCCUAGUUCUUUUCAUCUCACAGCCUAUUCUGACUCCAAUUGGGCUGGGGAUGCCACUGACCGCCGUUCCACCUCUGGUUACUGUGUGUUCUUGGGUUCUAAUCUCAUUUUGUGGUCCUCCAAGAAACAGUCCACUGUGUCUCGCUCCUCGACCGAGGCUGAAUAUUGGUCCUUAGCACACACUGCUGCAGAACUCACUUGGUUACAAACGCUUCCUGUUGAUUUUCAAAUUCCUCACCCAUCUCCACUUGUUCUUUGGUAUGACAACAUGUCUGCCUUGUCCUUGGCUGCUAAUCCGGUCUUUCACAGCCGCUCUAAACACAUUGAAGUGGAUUGUCAUUUCAUUCGUGAGAAGGUUGCUCGUCGCCAGUUCUUUCUCAAAUAUGUUCCUUCUUUGGAUCAAUUGGCUGACAUCUUCACAAAUAAUAGUGGAGGAGGCGGAGACGGCGGCGGCGGUAACGUUGAUGGUGGUGGUGGUGGUGGUAAUAACAGCGAUGGUCAUAGUAGUAAAAUGAUGGUGGUGCUUAUGGCAGCAAUAACAAUGUGGCAUAAUGGUGAUGGUUGUGGUAGUGGUGGCGGCGGUAGCAGUAGCAGUAGCGAUGAUGGUAGUGGUGGCGUUGGCAUGAUAGUGGUGGUGACUUUGCAAUAG